GACUGAGAAGAACAAAACAUAACAGACGGACGAAAAAAAACAGCGCACAAAAGAAACAUACAAAUUGAAACUGGAGAACAAAACUCUUUCUCAGUUUCUCUGACUACGAGUUGAAUUGAACAUCAAAACAAAGGUUUAUCAUUCCUUUAACUAAAACCCUAAUCUAAUUUCUCUCUCCUGAAAUCCGCCAUGGAUGAAGAAUUACUGGAAUUGCAGAAACAAUUUGAAUUCGCUCAACAAGUAAAAUCAAGUAUUCGAUUAUCUGAUAGAAAUGUCGUUGAAUUGGUUCAAAAACUUCACGAACUUCAAAUCAUCGAUUUUGAUCUCCUCCACACAGUUUCAGGCAAAGAAUACAUCACUCCUGAACAACUACGCCUAGAGAUAUUAGCUGAAGUAAAGAGGCUAGGGCGUAUUUCUGUAAUUGAUCUUGCAGACAGUAUCGGUGUUGAUUUAUAUCAUGUCGAGAGACAAGCUCAAGCUGUAGUGUCUGAUGAUCCUGGGCUUAUGUUAAUUCAAGGUGAAAUAAUUUCAAAUUCCUACUGGGAUACUAUUGCUGAAGAAAUCAAUGAGAGACUUCAAGUAUGCAGUCAGAUUGCCAUGGCCGAGCUUGCUGCACAGUUACAAGUGGGUUCUGAGCUAAUAUCUUCAGUGUUGGAGUCACGACUUGGGACUUUGAUAAAAGGUAGACUUGAAGGUGGGCAACUUUAUACCCCUGCCUAUGUUGCACGUGUAAAUGCAAUGGUUCGCGGUGCUGCAAGGGGUAUAACAGUUCCAAUGAAUUUGUCAGCCUUGUGGAGCUCUUUGCAGCAGUUAUUACAGGGAAUGGACGGGGCUACUGGUGUGGCAGUUGACAAUUCAUUUUUCCAGACAUUGUUCAAUGGGUUGGUGAAGGAGGUGGAAAUCCUUGGGUCGCUUCGUGCUGGGGUGCAUUGGACACCUGCUGUUUUCGCUUCUGCACAGAAGGAAUUUGUGGAUUCUUUUCUCUCACAGAAUGCCUUCAUAAGCUAUGACUCUCUUCACAAAUUAGGAAUACCUCAGCCCAUACAGUACUUACAGUCCAGGUAUCCUGAAGGUAUACCUUUGUUUACCAUGUUUAUUCACCCCUCAAUGAUUGAGAUGUUGGAUGCGACCUUAGAGGAUGCGAUUGAACGUAAUAGCUGGAUUGAUUCUCUUUCAGUGCUACCCUCUCUAUGUGGCUCACAAGAUGCAUAUAAGAUUUUGUCCUUGUGCCCAUCUGUGCAGUCAGCACUUAAGUCCAAUAGAGCGCUUAUUGUGGGAGAAUCCUAUGUUCUUAGUGAUGGCUUUAUCAAGGAUGUAUUUACUCGACUUGAUAAGGAGAUGGAAACGUCAAUUUCUCUAUCUUCUGCUGCCGGACUGAUUGAUGAGAAGCAUCCAACCAAGGACAGCAAAGGUGGAAAUAAUUCAGGUAGGUUAUCUGAGCUAAAUGAAACCAGUACCGAGAGUGGAAAUAGGCCAGGUACGGAAAGAGGUUCGAAGAAGAAGAAAGGAAAAUCUGCAGGUAGUACUAGGAACUCUGCCCCUGAAAAUGAUCUAGAUAAUCAAGAGCCUGUUCCCUCGAAAUCUAAGAAAAACCAGAAGAAAGGCAAGGACACUUCAACUUCACAUGUGCCAGAAUCAAAAAGAUCAAAGGAGGAUGGUCCUAGUGUUCCUUCAGAGGAUUGGAUAAUUAAUAAUAUAUUGACUUUGGUUCCUGAGUUUGAAGAACAAGGUGUGGAUGAUCUUGACACCAUUCUUAAGCCCUUGGCAAACCAUUUGAGACCUAUGCUGGUCACUUCAUGGAAUGAAAGAAGAAAGGCGAUGUUAGCAGAGAAUUCAGAUAGAAUGAAACGCGUGCUUGAUAACUUGCAAAAGAAGCUUGACGAGUCUUAUAUGAACAUAAUGCUUUAUGAAAAAGCAUUGGACUUGUUUGAAGAUGACCAAGCAACCUUCGUUGUAUUACACAGACAUUUGCUUCGGACUAUUGGUGCUUCAAUAGCUGACAUGCUUUUAUUUAACUUGGACGUCUACAACAAAUUGAAGAACGGAAUCGCAGUGGAGGAAUCCCAGAGUGUAGAGCCUGUUGCUCUUAGUUCCGGCGAAAGGAAUUCACUUGCAAAGAACUUGCAUGGUGCUCUAUCAGUCAAGGCUGUCGCUUUGGUGGAAUCCUUGGAAGGAAAGAAAGUGGACACAUUCAUUACAGCAUUGUCAACAUUGGUGGAAGAAAGUGGAUUAUUUUUGAAGAAGUUUGAUAAAAAGUUGGAAAAGACACUGUUGCAUUCAUAUCGCAAGGAUCUCACAUCUCAGGUAUCCAUGGAAACUGAUCCGGUUUCACUUCUACCAAAAGUCGUCUCUUUGCUUUAUUUGAAGUUUCAUAAUAAAGCUCUCCAGGCUCCAGGAAGGGCUAUGGCUAUUGCUGUCUCGCGGUUGAAGGAUAAGUUAGAUGAUUCAGCGUUCAAAACACUAAUGGAUUACCAUUCUGCAACAGUGACACUUUUAUCAUUGAUGUCAGCUUCUACAAAUGAUGAAGAUGACUGUGCAUCAGACAGGAUUACGGCCAAAAAGGAGCUUCUAGAGAGCCUAAUGCCGACACUGAAAGGUUUAGUUGUAGGAACUUCCCCACCAAAGGAUGCAAGCUGAACACUCUAGAGUGCAUGGAUAUGCUGUGGACGUGAAUCAGAUUGAAACACAGGGAUCAUUGAAUGUGAAUAGCAUAAGGGAACCCUAGAGGAAAUUUACUACCUAGCUAUCUGCCAUUUUUUUGGUAUAACACACUAUAGGAUUCUCAGAGCACUACAGUUCCUGGUGCAUUUGGCAAAUGACAGAAUCAUGUAUUUCCCAAUUCCCAAACGACACGAAUGUAACUUUGAUUAGCAGAAUCAGUCUCUCCUUACUUCAAAGUGGAGCUUACAAAUUACGGGAAAACUUCUGUUGCUUACUCAUUUAAUUUAAAUGCUUAUGAGAAUCGGCUUUGUGCUAUAGUGAUGUUUAAAAAUCAGCUUCUAAUACAAACAAGUGUACUCUUCUGUUUGCUUUAA